ACGAGACUAGCAGCAGCGUUAGCUUGUGCUGACAGGACGGUGGUGUUUUGUUGGGACGUUUGAGGUUUUUGGACAGAAAGGACGAUACGUGGUUCGUGUGGAACUCUCAGUAUUUUCCAAAGUGUCGUAAAUGAGUGAAGAAGUGUUGAACGGAAAGACAACGUGGAUUGCUGUGAUUGUGAGACUAGCAGAUGAUCGAUCGGAGCUGCAGUGAAGAGGACGGCGGUGUUUGUGGGAGUUGGAGCUGAAGAUUCGGAGCAGCUGCAGGAACCAUGUCUUCCCUUCAGCCUCUGAGAGAGUUGAUCAGCGAGCGACUAGCUGCUGCUGCUGAAGAAAUCUGCAGACUCUGUGAAGGAACCAUCGUCCAGUACGAGGAGGAGCUCUGUCGUCAGCGCAGACUGCUGGAUGUCAUCUGGAAACCACAGCUUCAACUCCACGACAUAGUCCUCCCGCAGCAUUGGAUGACUGAAAAGGAGGAUCUGGAGCAGGAGGAUCCCAAAUCUCCACAGAUUAAAGAGGAGCAGGAAGAACCAGAACCUGAGACUGAAGAAAAGCAAAAAGGACUCUUCAUUUGUCAGUAUGAGGAGCAGCUUGAUCUGAAGCAGGAGACUGAUACCUUUAUUGGGAUUCCUCCUUAUGAGGAAGAUGAGAACAGUGAAGCAGAACUAAACAAUCAGCAGAGCUUUAAUGUAACUGAUAGUCAGGAUGAAGAAGGAAACCAACAUGAAGCAUCAGCAUCAACUACAGAUGAAGAGACAGACCCACAGAACAGAGAUCAGAGGAAGAGAAGAGACAGAAGUCAUGUCCAAAGUUUGGACAGCUCUUACAAGUCAGAAAGUCAGUGUGACUCUGUUGUUAGAAAGAAUGUAAGUGUGAAGAAUGUUAGAAAAAAUAUGAAGAAAGUAACUUUGGUAAAGAAAUGCAAACAAUCUCCAAAAGAGAAGAGACUUUCCUCAGUAGAGUAUGGUAAAAGUACGAGAAUUGCUCACGAUGUCUCUGUCCUUAUGAGAGCUGAGUCUGAUGAAGGACCUUAUGUCUGUAAGAAAUGUGCUCAAAGUUUUGAUCAUAACUCUCAGUUCAGAACUCACAUGAGAACUCAUACAAGACAGAAGCCUUUUUCUUGUAAAGAAUGUGAUAAAUGUUUCUUGCAAUUAUGUAGUCUUCAAGCACACAUGAGAACUCAUACAGGUGAGCUUCUUUCUUGUAAAGAGUGUGAUAAACGUUUUGUGCAAUUAUGUAGUCUCAAAGCACACAUGAGAACUCAUACAGGGGAGCUUUUUUCUUGUAAAGAAUGUGACAAAAGUUUUAAUCAAAUGGCUGGUCUUACAAGACACAUGAGUAUCCAUACAGGACAGAAGCCUUUUUCUUGUGAAGAAUGUGGCACAGGAUUUAGUCAAUUAUAUCAUCUAAAAAGACACAAGAGAAUUCACACAGGAGAAAAGCUUUUUUCCUGUAAAGAAUGCGAUGCAAGUUUUACUGAAAAAUAUAAUCUCGAUACACACAUGAGAAUUCACACAGGAGAAAAUCCAUUUUCUUGUAAAGAGUGUGAUAGAAGCUUUAAUCAAAUAUCUAAUCUAAAAACACACAUGAGAACUCAUACUCCUACACUAGGUGAGCGUUUUCCUUGUAAAGAAUGUGACAAAAGUUUUAAUCAUAAGGCUAAUCUCAAAAGACACAUGAGUGUCCAUACAGGACAGAAGCCUUUUUCAUGUGGAGAAUGUGGCACAAGUUAUAGCCAAAUAUAUCUUCUCAAAAAACACAUGAGAACUCACACAGAAGGUAAGCCUUUUUCCUGUAAAGAAUGCGAUAAAAGUUUUCCUGAAAUAUAUAAUCUCAAGACACACAUGAGAACUCACACAAGCGAGAAGUCAUAUUCUUGUAAAGAGUGUGAUAGAAGCUUUAAUCAAAUAUCUAAUCUAAAAACACACAUGAGAACUCAUACAGGAGAGAAGCCUUUUUCUUGUGAAGUAUGUGAUAAAUGUUUUGUUUCUAAACGUAACCUCAAAACACACAUGAAAAGUCACACAAGAAAGACGCCUAAAUGUGAUAAAGAAUGCGAUAAAUAAUUUGGUAAAAAUUAUCCUCCCAAAAAAUUAAGGGAAACUCACAGCAGAAAUCUCGUGGAAAAAUGGAGACACGUUUAAAUUGGAAGUAAAAUUUUGUGAAAAGGUUUGCUUUUUUUAAGAAAAAGGCUUUAAUUUAACACAGAAAAUGAAUUUCGAAAAAUUUUUUUUACCUUUUUUUGUUGUUUGUAUUUUACAUUUAAUAGUAACCUAAAUUUAUACGUCUCAGGAAGUAAGAAUAUAAAGUAAGACCUGUAGAAAGAGCUUCUUCAUUUCCUGGAAGCACCAUGGUGCUCACGUUGUCUUCUUUUUAGUUUAAAGGAAGGUAGGGCUAUCUGACACUUGUUAAAAAGCAAAAGACCUGCUUAUUUCCUCUGGAUAGGACACUUUUCCAUCUCCACUCUGGGUUGUGUUGAGAAAAGUCUUUAGCUCUGUGAGUUUAAAUCCUAUCAUACCAAAUCAUAGUUUUUAAAAAUGCUGAUUGUUUUUAACAUUUUCUUUUAUGCGUAUGAUAGUUUUUUAGUUUAUAUAAUUGUGAAACACCAUAUGCUUUGUUUUUAUUCAAUUAAGUCUGCACCCACUCGCAUCAGCUUGAAAACAAACUCCAGCUUUGAAUUCACCUUCCUGGGAACCAAAGGCCACAUGCAACUAUGAGGAGAGGCUGAACUCUUGUACCUGUUCCAAACCAGCAUUACUGUGUUUUUAAAAAUGCACCUUCAUUGUUCAGAUCAAAUGCAACUGUUGUGUUUUCACUCCUUGCUUGCAAUUAAAAACCUACAAGAUAA